UGGCCCUCCCCGGGCGGGAGGCGCUAAAGUCUCGCGAGACUGGCGCGGAGGCCAUCGCGGAGCAGCCAUGGCAGCGGCGCUGAAGGCGGCGCGGCACCUCUGGAGACCGGCCGUGCUGGGGCCGCGCCCGGCCUGGCUUUCCCACGAUGCCGAGCGGCGGCACCUCCCGGCCCCGCCCCCCGCCAAAUACGGGGGCCGCCACACGGUGACGCUGAUCCCCGGCGACGGCAUCGGCCCCGAGCUCAUGAUGCACGUCAAGGAGGUGUUCAGGCAUGCCUGCGUGCCCGUGGACUUCGAGGAGGUGCGGGUGAGCGCCGAGGCGCCCGAGGACGACGUGCACAACGCCAUCAUGGCCAUCCGCCGCAACGGCGUCGCCCUCAAGGGGAACAUUGAGACCAACCACAACCUCCCGCCCAGCCACAAGUCGCGCAACAACCUCAUCCGCACCAGCCUGGACCUGUACGCCAACGUGAUCCACUGCCGGAGCCUGCCCGGGGUGGAGACGCGCCACCGCGACAUCGACAUCCUCAUCGUGCGCGAGAACACCGAGGGCGAGUACAGCAGCCUGGAGCACGAGAGCGUGGCGGGGGUGGUGGAGAGCCUGAAGAUCAUCACGGCGGGGCGCUCGCGCCGCAUCGCCCACUACGCCUUCCGCCUGGCCCGCCGCGCCGCCCGCCGCAGCGUCACCGCCGUGCACAAGGCCAACAUCAUGAAGCUGGGGGACGGGCUCUUCCUGCAGUGCUGCCGCGAGGUGGCCGCCGAGUACCCGGAGCUCGACUUCCGCAGCAUCAUCGUGGACAACGCCACCAUGCAGCUGGUGUCGCGGCCGCAGCAGUUCGACGUCAUGGUGAUGCCCAACCUCUACGGCAACGUGGUGAACAACGUGUGCGCCGGGCUCGUGGGGGGGCCCGGCCUGGUGCCCGGCGCCAACUACGGCCAUGACUACGCCGUCUUCGAGACCGCCACGCGGAACACGGGCAAGAGCAUCGCCAACCGCAACAUCGCCAACCCCACGGCCGCCCUGCUCGCCGCCUGCAUGAUGCUCGACCACCUCCGUCUGCACAGCUACGCCUCCACCAUCCGCCAGGCCGUCCUCGCCUCAUUGGACGACCCCAGGACGCACACGCCCGACAUCGGGGGCCAGGGCACCACCUCGGGGGCCGUCCAGAGCAUCCUCUCGCACCUCCCCCGCGCCUAGGACGCCUGGGCCCCUCCGCUCCGCUACGGGGGGGGGGGACAACAGGGAACCCCCCCUCCAAAAUAAACGAGUUUAGCGUGUCUCCCGGA